UCCUGCCAGGUCCCUCUCGCCGGCUUCAGCUCGCCGUGGCUCUGACCGGAUAACGCGUUCCUAUUGGACGGCUGGGUUCCGCAGCCGAAACAAGAGGAUGACCCAUUGGCAGUAGCUCGUCGAAGGACCCGGAUUAGCUUCAUGGUCCGCGAAAGGGGACCGCUCUUGUGAGAAGGCAGUCGCUCGAAGCGGUGAUUGGUCAGAGUGAAGAGGUUCAAGGCAUUGAUUGGCUAGUGAAAGGGUGCAGGGGGCGGAGCGAAGGUCCUAGAAGCAGUGGCUGUGGUGGCGGUAGCGCUGUCGGCAGUUUCGGGCGGCGAGGCCCGAAGGGAGCGAGAAGGCGGCGGCCAGGGAGGAGCGAAGCGGCUGGGGCCGGCGGCCCUCCGCAAGCAUGGAUGUGUCCGGGGUGUCGUCGCCCACGGUCACCGUGUUUAUCAGCAGCUCCCUCAAUAGCUUCCGCUCAGAGAAGCGGUACAAUCGCGGCCUCACUCUGGCGGAGUUUAAGUGCAAGCUGGAGUUGGUUGUGGGGAGCCCAGCCUCCUGCAUGGACCUGGAGCUCUAUGGUGUUGAUGACAGCUUCUGCAUGAAACUUGACCAGGAUGAUGCUCUGUUGGGCUCAUACCCAGUGGACGAUGGCUGCCGGAUCCACGUCAUUGACCGAAGUGGAGCCCGUCUGGGUGAAUUUGAGGACCUGUCCCAGGUGGAGAAAUAUGAGAUCUCACAGUCAGCCUAUGAAAGCAGACCUGACUCCGUACGCUCCUUCCUGAAGCGCAGCAAGAUGGGCAAAUUCAAUGAAGAGGAGCAGAAGCGACGGGAGGCCGAAGCGGCCCAGCGACUAGCUGAGGAGGAGGCCCAUGCCCAGGCCAUUGUAGUGGGGAGUCGCUGCCAGGUGCAGGCAGCUGGCCAACCCACCAAGCGGGGCACCGUCAUGUAUGUGGGACUCACAGAUUUCAAGCCUGGAUACUGGGUUGGUGUCCGCUAUGAUGAACCCCUGGGGAAGCAUGAUGGCAGUGUGAAUGGCAAACGAUACUUUGAGUGCCAGGACAAGUACGGUGCCUUUGUCAAGCCACACACUGUGACUGUGGGGGACUUCCCAGAGGAGGAUUACGGACUGGAUGAUGACGAGAUGUGACCCCCCUGGUGGGGGUGGGGGAUUAAACACUACUGGGGGGGUCAUCCCCUUGGGUACAGCCUCCCCAUCUUCUCCCCACUCCCCAGCCUGGGUCUGCACUCUUCCUUUCGUGUCUGUGGCAUACUCCCCUUGCCCUCUCCUAUCUUGAGUUGUAUUUUUUAUCUUAUUUUCCCCUCAGCUCUUGUGAGGUUGUGAGACAAGUGAAUUAAAUGCCCCCUAAAUCCC